AUGGAUGCUGCCCAUGAUCGAGAUAUUGAGCUCCAACGAGCCUCUGGCGAGCUGAUUGAAGAAUUUAGAACAAAACUUCCCCCACUGCUUUGGAAACACCCUAUUUCUGGCAAGCGGAUAGUUCAUCGUUGGGCGAGGGCAGCGAAAGUAGAGAAGUUGAUCCUCCUUCUGGACCCCUUUCAAGAAUGGCCACAACUGUUAGAUCCUCACCUUAGCUGGAUUCUCACACAACUGACGGAUGCCUUUCUAUCGUACCUGCUUGGCCAUAGCCAGAGUUAUGGCUCUGUCGCGAGGAUCAAGGAGCCGGGCGUGAUGCACCCAUUGACAAGGGCAAUAUGUAAAAUUAUAUACACUCUAUGCAAGGUGCGAGGCUCAAAGGUGAUUUCUCGUUUUUUCAGCAAUGAGCCGAGAUAUCUUGAGCCGAUGCUUUCGAUGUUUAUUGAGUGGGAUGGCAUCGUUAGUGCGGACAUAGAUAGGUCAACAACGACCGGCCAAGGCUUACCACUUAAUUGGGAAGAACGAUAUGUUAUGCUUUUAUGGUUGUCGCAUCUUUUGUUGGCUCCUUUUGAUUUGACCUCCAUUUCAUCAGAAAAUAUCCCGAUUCCCUAUGAGAACCUAUCCUCCUUAUCGGGGCUCUCUUCGAAGACCCCCAAGCUUGCACUUGCAAUUCUCUCCGUUGCACUAAAGUACCUCGUUAUACCAGGGAAGGAGCGAGAGGGAGCCGUCCUCUUACUCUCAAGGCUUGCCUUAAGGAAGGAUAUGCAACAGCUAGGUAUCUUGAGCUCCCUUGCCAAAUGGGUUCUUGGGUGUUUGAAGCCUAGUGUGGGAACUAUUACACCUUCAACAUUUACAUGCAUCGGGCUAUUGUCUUUCAUAGCCAAACUUGGAACCCUUGCUCAAGUUGAGGAUAUUGCACCCUUUGUGAUACCCAUAUUUAACCAGGCUCUUGAUCUCUCUAGAGGGAGUUCUGAAAUAUCCAUUAAUGUACAAUCUUCGGCCUCUACUCGAAAGCUAUUGACUAAGAUUCUUCGCGAAAUGAACACCCUUUCAUUAACAUUAGAGAACAGGCCGGAUAUUUUUCAGAUAUCUUCAGACGAAGUCUCUACGGUCUUAGAAGACACAAUUGAUUAUUUACUCCUUGCUGUUGGUGACAAAGAUACGCCAGUUCGAUUUGCAGCCAGCAAAGCGUUGAGCAUGAUUGCCCUGAAGCUCGAGCCAGACCUUGGCGCUGAUAUACUAGACGCAGUGAUUAGUGCACUAGAUGAAGACGUUCUCUAUGAAGAAGAGAAUGGCACAUUGAUAUCCAAGGAAAAGGCUAGGUCUACAGAUGGACUUGUGGUGAGAAAUUUCAAAUCUGUCGACGCCCAAAACUGGCAUGGCCUUAUGCUCACACUUGGACACCUACUAUUCCGGCGAUCCCCUCCGCUUGAUCGGCUUUCUCAGCUGUUCGAAUGCCUAAUUUCUGGCUUAACCUUCGAGCAAAGAUCAUCGACCGGUGCCUCAAUUGGUGUCACCGUCAGGGAUGCAGCUUGCUUUGGCAUCUGGUCACUUGCUCGAAAGUACUCCACGAAGGAGCUAGAUGCUGUUAAUGUUAGUACGACGAAAAACUCAAAUAAAAGCCUCUUGAGGAGCUUAGCGAUAGAGCUCGUGUCUUCUGCUUGCCUUGAUCCCUCGGGGAAUAUUCGAAGGGGGUCAUCGGCUGCCCUCCAGGAGUUGAUUGGGCGCCACCCCGACUCAAUUUUAGAAGGAAUAUCAAUCGUCCAGGUUGUGGACUAUCAUUCUGUCGCACGAAGGGAAUACGCUAUGACGGAAGUGGCCAUAGCAACUACGAAGCUUGACAGUGCGUACUGGUCACCACUCAUAGGUGGGCUCCUACGAUGGAGAGGAAUUGGCGCUCCAGAUUCAAAAUCAAGAAGAACAGCAGCUUUUGCUAUUGGGGAAUUAAGCUUGCAGAUGUCAUACGCUGGGAUAAACGCUGUGUUAAACCGAAUCCUACAUAUAUUGGCUUUAACAUCCACGAACUCUGUUGAAACUAGACAUGGAGGGUUUCUGGCACUUUCUGCCACGGUAGAUGCUUUCCUCCGCCAUAAAAUCACUAAAAACGAUACCCCCGGGGACCCUAGUCCUUUGAUUGAAACUUCUCGACAAAUCCACCGACUCUGGAGCAUAUUAUCCUCACCAUCGGGGCCUUCAGUGGAAAGUUUGACGCUUCAAACAUUCCGUCCAGAUCUAACAGCAGAGGCUUGCUCGCGCUUGAUAUCUUCACUUUCUCGUUCAUACGCCGUUUUUGGGAACGAUCCACUAAGCCACGAAAUACAGCUUGAUAAUAAUUUGCUAGAAACAGCUGCCAGCAUCUUGAUGUUAUGUGUCCAACGUAGCGACGAUGAAACUGUUGCAGCCAGCUCCCAGGCAGCAGUGGAUAUGUUCGCCAUUUUACCCGGAGAGAAAAGGUCUGCUAUCAUUAAAGAAUGGCUCAGCGAUAUCCACUCGAACUGGAAGAAAACGACUGGUAGUGGACAAAUAGCCGCACUAGGUGCUGUUUAUCAGCACUUUCCAAGUGAUGGAAGUGAGAGAAAGCGCAUUCUUGACGAGCUUGUACGCUGUACUGGCCCAGAAGAGACUGUGAUCACGAAACGUGUUUCUGCUGUUAAGUGUAUCCUAACUGGUAUACUUCCUUAUACUGAUAACACAAGUGAUCUUGAGAGUCAUAUCGGUGUAUUACUUAACGACUACACUACUGAUAAUCGAGGCGAUGUUGGAUCUUUAAUACGGACUGAAGCAAUCAACGGCGUGCACAUGAUUUUAGAGACUCGCAUGAGAGGUCCGACAGACCUUUCAGAUAUACAUGGUCUGAUGAGGCAUAUCAUAAGGCUGGCAGCUGAAAAGUUAGACAAAGUCAGAUUUAAGGCCUGGAAAUGCUUUGAAAUUUUCUGGGAGUUGGACAGAAGCCUGCCUCCACUGAGAACGAGGUUUGAUCAUUUUAGUGAAGUUUCAACAAUUGACUACUUCUCACAGCUGGUCACACUGGUUCAAAUUGAAUGGCUUCGCUUGCCACUUAUAAAGGGACUAGUCACCUCCUUUGCUGCAGGUGCCGACAGUCUUAUCGUCUCGUCCCGUGCUGCCCUUGUGGCAUUUAUCAAUAGUCAAAAAGACGAAAUUAGGUCCCGCACGCAAAGAGAUAUAUUUAUGAGCCUUCUCGUGAUACUAGAGGAGAAUAUAACUGACGAUCGUUAUGCUAUACCCACUGUUGAGAGCUUUGCCUUUUUACUUGAAAACAGUUUCGCUCCGGAAACACUUGAGCUGGACCCCGAUUCUCUCAAGAGACUCUUUCGUCUCGUCCAAAAAUCUCAUUUCAAGUCUACUAACAUUCCAAGAAUUGAAGCAGCACUUAAAGUAUAUUAUUGUUUAUAUAAUUAUGAGCUCUUGAGAAGGAAUGUAGUAUCAAAGAUGGCAAAUAUGCUGCUACACCCUUAUCCAAAGAUUCGAUCCCUUUCUAGUGAAUAUCUCUUCCUCAAAACAGGAAACGAGUCAAUAAAAACCGAGAACUGGAUGCAACCCCCGAAACAGCUAAAGGUGACAGUAGAUAGCAUAAAAGCUAUCUUGCAAUGA